ACUCAUGCCAUUUCCUCCCCCCCCCCAGGUGGUGUGGUGACAGCGGGCCUGGCCAUCUACGACACCAUGCAGUACAUCCUGAACCCCAUCUCCACCUGGUGCGUGGGCCAGGCUGCUAGCAUGGGCAGCCUGCUGCUGGCAGCGGGAACGGCAGGCAUGAGACAUUCACUGCCCAACGCCCGCAUCAUGUUGCACCAGCCCUCAGGGGGCGCCAGGGGUCAGGCCACAGACAUCGCCAUCCAGGCUGAGGAGAUCCUGAAGCUGAAGAAACAGAUCAACCAAAUCUACGCCAAACACACGGGCCAGCUGCUGCAAACCAUCGACGGGGUUAUGGAGCGGGACCGCUACAUGAGCCCGGUUGAGGCGCAGGACUUCGGCAUCAUCGACCGGGUGCUGGUCCACCCUCCCCAGGCCGGACAGGAUGAGCCCGAGCUGGUGCAGAAAGAGCCGGCAGCCAGCCCCCCCCCACAUGCAGAGUGUGCAGCCUUAGAGCAGCCCCUACCUGGGACCCCCUCCUCACACAAACCUGAGCCAUGACGACUCAACAAAGUCGAAUAACAAAUGAUCAGUGUUCCAAUGUAAGUCGGGGAAGGGGUUCUGUAAGGACUAUAAUGGACCUGUGUAACCUGUUUCAACUCUCAUAUUUGUAAUAAACGGAAUCAUUUUGACCUUCUUGUUCCAUGAUCGUCUCAAAUUAAUAUGGAGAUGUCAUUGUACAAAAGUGAAAAAUAAUAUAUUUGAGAUCACAGUGACUGCAGGCACUGGAAGUGGAACCCUCUCACCUUCAUUUAGUACUUUUCACUCGAGUAUGCAUUUUGAUGAGUGUUUGAUGAAUUAUUUUUAUGACUGAAAGCCCCGAUCAGUCAAAUGGAAUAAAAAGUAAUGAUGUUAUCAUAGCUCUGUAUUUUAAUGAAGCUAAAGGGUUCGGGAGCUGUUAAAUGUUUUUACAGAUGUCCUCAGUCAGGUCGUGUAGCACAUUACUACAGAUAACUCCUCAUUAAUAUCUCUGAGUCAUCAUAAUUAAAAGGAAUAUAUUUGAAAAGGGGAGUCGAAUUGACAUGUCAUUUAAAGUGCCAGGUCACUGUACGAAGUGUGUAGUAAAUGAUAAGCUCCCUGUGUAAGUGUCUGCAAGGAGAAAUGCUCUGUAUUCAUAUUAAACAAGUCAACUGAAAUAAAGCACUACCUUAAAGUACCAAA